AUGGACGACUCCCUGAUGGAAGACUCUGUAUUCGAUGAUGGCGCCAGUUCUGACUUUGCCCUGCCCGCAAAGUCAGCCAAGGCCACCAAGGCCACCAAGGCUGCUGCAAAGCCCAAAGCCCCCCCGAAGAAAGCAGCAGGCACUGCGAAACCACGAGGCAGACCCGCCGGCGCCGCUACGAAGCCCAAAGCGAAGGCUCCACUCAAGAAGAAGGCCAAGGCCGACUCGGAUAUGGAUGAGAACUCAGACAUAGAUAUGGACGAAGACCCAAUUGACGAUGACGAGUCGCUACUUGCAGACACGCCAAAGGCCAAAAAAGCACCGGCCCCGAAGAAACCGAGCGGCAAACCCCUCGCGGAUAUCGUCAACGAGAGCAUCGGCGGUGAUGGAGAUGAUACACCCGCUGCGAAGCCCAAGAAGGGUGGCGCCAGCAGCAAGUACCAGAUGUUGACGCAUCUGGAGCACAUUAUGAAGCGUCCCGACACAUAUAUCGGAUCCGUAGAGCGACAGACGGACAAGAUGUGGGUGUACAACUCCGAGUCCGAGUCGAUGGAGUACCGCGACGUUUCUUACGUACCCGGUCUGUACAAGAUCUUUGACGAGAUUCUUGUCAACGCUGCCGACAACAAGCAAAACGACAAGAAUAUGAGUGAGAUUCGGGUAACAGUCGACCGGGAGACUGGCGAGAUUUCCAUCAAGAACGACGGAAAGGGAAUUCCAAUUGAGAUUCACAAAGAACACGGCAUAUAUGUACCAGAGAUGAUCUUUGGUCACCUCCUCACAUCAUCCAACUAUGACGACGACCAGCAAAAGGUCACGGGUGGUCGCAACGGUUACGGAGCCAAGCUCUGUAACGUCUUCAGUACCGAAUUCACAGUCGAGACGGUGGAUUCAAAACAGAAGAAAAAGUACAAACAGACCUGGACGGAAAAUAUGAGCAAAAUGGGCAAGGCCAAGAUUACCGACAUCAAGGCGGAUGACUACACAAAAGUCAGCUGGAAGGCCGAUUACGCCAGGUUCGGCAUGGAGGGCAUUGACGACGAUUUUGAAGCCCUGGUCAAACGCAGAACCUACGACAUGGCUGGUACGCUACGCGGCGUCAAAGUUUACCUCAAUGGUGACCGCAUCAAAAUCACAUCAUUUGCGAAAUAUAUGGAGAUGUACACAAAGUCCAUCUCACGCGACCAGGGCCGGGGCGAUGAAGACAAGGAGAAGGACGUCAUCAUCACAGACAAGCUCGAACGCUGGGACAUUGGUUUCGCAGUCUCGGAUGGUGCCUUCAACCAAGUGUCAUUCGUCAACUCGAUUGCAACGACAUCUGGUGGUACGCAUGUCAACCACAUUGCUGAGCAGAUUGUCGACAAGCUCAUGGCCAUUGUGAACAAGAAGAACAAGGCCGCCGUCAAGCUCAAGCCUGCGCAGAUCAAGAACCAUCUGUUCCUAUUCGUCAACUGUUCCAUCGUCAACCCAGCCUUUACAUCUCAGACCAAGGAGCAGCUCACGACCAAGCCUAGCCAGUUCGGUAGCAAGCCCGUACUCAGCGACAAGUUCUUGAACGCCAUUGCCAAGACCGAUGUCAUCCAGAACAUUAUGCACUUUGCUCAGCAAAAGGCCGAUCAGAUGAUGAAGAAGACCGACGGAAACAAGCGCAACCGAAUCAGUAAUGCCAAGCUGACAGACGCCAACAAGGCUGGUACCAAGGACGGACAUCUCUGCACGCUCAUUCUCACUGAAGGUGAGUCGGCUAGUGUGCUUGCGCUGGCUGGACGUGCUGUCGUCAACCAGGACUUGUUUGGUGUCUUCCCGCUUCGUGGUAAGCUCCUCAACGUCCGAGACGCCACCGUCGAUCAGAUCAUGAAGAAUGUGGAGAUUCAGAACAUUAAAAAAUUCAUGGGUCUUCAACACAAGAAGGAGUACACAGCGGCAGACAUGAAGAGCUUGCGUUACGGCCAUCUGAUGAUCAUGACGGAUCAGGAUCACGACGGUAGCCAUAUCAAGGGUCUACUCAUCAACUUUCUUCAGUGCCAGUUUCCAAGUUUGCUCAAGGUACCUGGCUUCCUCCUUGAGUUCAUCACUCCUAUUGUCAAGGUCUGGAAAGGAGAUCCCAAGAACCCACGCCACCUGAAGAGCUUCUUCUCCAUGCCCGAGUACGAGGAGUGGAAGGAGCAACACGCUCAUGAAAAGGGCUGGGACCACAAGUACUACAAGGGAUUGGGUACCAGCGACAUUCCUGAUGCCCAGAUUUACUUCAAGGAUCUCGACACGCACAUGAAGCGCUUUCAGGUGAUGCGUGAGGAAGAGGAGAAGCUGAUCGAGUUGGCCUUUUCGAAGAAGAAGGCUGACGCCCGUAAGGAUUGGCUGCGUGACUUUGUGCCAGGUCAGCAUCUUGAUCUUACCACGCCGGACAUCUCCUAUGACGACUUUGUCAACAAGGAGUUGAUUCUCUUUUCCAUGGCCGACAACGUGCGAUCUAUCCCGUCUGUCAUUGACGGCCUGAAACCUGGUCAACGCAAGGUCAUGUACACUUGCUUCAGGCGCAACAUCAAAAAGGACGUCAAGGUGGUUGAGCUGGCUGGUUCGGUCUCUGGUUCGACCGACUAUGCUCACGGAGAAGCUUCUAUGCAGGGCACCAUCAUUGGUCUCGCGCAAAACUUUGUCGGAACCAACAACAUCAACUACUUGGAGCCUAGUGGUAACUUUGGUUCUCGUCUCAAGGGUGGUGCCGAUGCUGCCAGCGCCAGGUACAUCUAUACCCGGCUGUCUCCGUUUGCAAGGCGCAUUUUCCACCCCCACGACGAUGCGCUGCUGAAGUAUGGCGAAUCUGAUGGCAACAAGAUUGAGCCGGAGAUGUACGUGCCUAUUCUGCCUACGAUCCUCAUCAACGGUUCGAGCGGUAUCGGUACGGGUUGGAGCUCUGAAAUUCCCAACUUCAAUCCCCUCGACAUUAUCGAGAACAUCAAGCGCCGUAUGCAGCCAGGCGCUACCAAGGAGGAUAUGACGCCGAUGAUCCCCUGGUACAAGGGCUUCACUGGAACAACUACUGUGCUCGGCCCUGAUCGGUACCAGUUUACUGGUACUAUCCGACAAACUAGCGACAACGAGAUUGAAGUCACUGAAUUGCCAGUCCGUUACUGGACUCAGGACUUCAAGGAGAAGCUUGAGGAAAUCAUCAAAGCUGAAAAGGGUCCUUCGUUCAUCAAGGAUUACAUCGACUACAAUACGCCUGAUCGUGUCCAUUUCGUCAUCAAGAUGGAGGACAAGUACAUGGCAGCUGCCCUUGCCAAGGGAUUGGAGGAGAUGUUCAAGCUGUACAAGCCCCAGGCAACCAGCAAUCUCGUCGCUUUCGACGCCCAGGGACGCAUUCACAAGUACUCGAGCGUCCUCGAUAUCAUCGAGGAGUUUUACCACAUUCGUCUGCGUUACUACGAGAAGCGGAAGCAGCAUCAGCUCCAGGUUAUGGAGAAAGAGCACCUCAAGAUGUCGAACCAAGCCAGGUUCAUCCAGAUGAUCAUUGAUGGCAAGCUCACAAUCUCAAAGAAGAAGAAGUCGAUCCUUGUCCAAGAACUGAAGAAACUCGGCUUUACACCUUUCCCCAAGGUUGAAGAGGCCAAGACUGCUGGCGAGCUUGAAGAAGCUGAGGAUGACGAGUCUGAUGGAAACGAAGCGGAAGUAUCGGCAAACGACUAUGACUAUCUCCUUGGCAUGGCCCUCUGGUCUCUAACUCAGGAACGUGUCGAGAAGCUGUUGAAGCAGCUCGGCGAGAAGCAGGAGGAGAUUGACACUCUGAUCAAACUUUCGCCCAAGGAUAUUUGGAAGGUCGACCUUGACGCCUUCAUGGACGAGUGGAACCUGCAGCAAGAGGAAGAGACGAAGCGUAAGAAGAAGAUUGCUGGCAUUUCCCGCCGCGCAUCCAUGAAGCUCGGCAUUGGUGCAGGCAAGAGUGGCAAGGGCAAGAAGAAGAGAAAGAUGGACGGCUCUGAUUCAGACGCCAGUGACUCUGACUUUGGCCCGGUCAAGAAGAAGACGAAGCCGAAGAAGGAGGGACUGCUCAGCUACCUUCAACAAGAGCCUGCGAAGAAGCCUUCAGCGGCAGAAGCUCUCAAGAGCAGCAGCGCAUUCGGCUCCACAGCUCCGCAGAAACAGGGCACACUGCUCUCCCAUCUUGUCAAGAAGGAAGGGACGCCGCUGACUGAUGGAGCAUCGGACAGUAGACCCGGUUCUUCGGAUUCGAAGCCAGCGCCGGCGAAACGAGGCCGUCCUGCAGGCGCAAAGGCUGUCAAGAAGGAUCCAGUCUCAGAUGACGAAGACUCUGAUGUCUUUGCUGCGGUCGCUCAAGAAGCUGCAAAGGAAUCAACCAAAGCAGCCGCUCCUUCUCGAGCUGCUCGUGGCGCGAAGCAGGUACCCAAAUACAGCCUCGGCAGCGAUUCCGAAUCUGAGGACGAUGAUCUUGGCGAUGUUAGCAGCAUGGUCAAGACUAUUGGUGCUGGCACAAACGGCGCCCCAAUGUUCAAGACAAGUACGGUGGCCCGCCCUGGCAGUAAUGGCAACGCUCGCUCUGGCGGUGCUGGCGCGAAGAAGAAUAGCUCGCUCGACAUUGAUGAUGACACUACCAACUACGAAGGUCUGAUGCCUCAGCCUUCACCACAGCGUCCUGCUCCUCGUAACGUCAACGACACCAUCAUGAGCUCAGACGAGGAUGACUUCAACAUUGGCACCAAGAAGCCGGCUACAACCAAGCUGACUGCUAGGCCCGCUGUGAAGCCCAAGGCCGCUGCCACGGCUAAGCCCGUACCAAAGACCAAGGCUCUUGCCAAGAAGCCUGCGGCGCAGAGCCCAGCGGCAAAGGCUUACGCGAAGAAACACGGCAAGGAGGCAGAGACAGCAAAGGCUGUACCCAAGAAGAAGGACGUCGACUCUGAUGGAGACGAGGAUAUGGAUAUGGACGACGCAGAUGACAUUGCCAAUGACAUCCUCUCCGACGAUGACGACGAGCCAACACCUAAGCCGGCUGCACGUGCACCUGCUGCACGGCCUGGCCGUAGAGCUGCUGCCAAGCCCGCCAAGUAUGUGGUCAGCGACGACGAGGCCGAUUCAGACGACGCGUCUGAGCCAAGCUUCGACGACGACGAUGACAGCGAGUAGACAUGCUGGCUGGGCGGUGAAGUAGAAGAGGGCUGUUUGAUACCCGGGUCAGUCAUUGGCGUUUUCGAGAUUGGGAGCAAUCAGGCACUGCGAGAUGUGUAGUGCUUUGCAUCAUGGCGUUCGAGGUUUAUCUUUUUUGAUCUUAUUCACUCUAUGCAAUUGUAUAUCUCG